GUUGUACAAUACGGCACGGCACCGUUGAAGUGGAAACAGUUUCAUAGGAUUUAGUGGGGAUCGAUUUUUUUUGCCGUGCCGGAUUGCCGUGGUGCCGUGCACGGUCGCCGUGCCGGAUGCGGUGUAAACGGGCCUUUAUGCAUGUUCUGCUAAUAUAUACGGUAAAUAAAGUCCGCCGUUUUCAUUUUAUCGAUCGGCUCAAAAUCUAGGAAAGAUGGCUGCGCGCAAUAAAGCUUUCUGCUGCUUGGUCGUCGUGCUGUUAGGACUAGGAAUUUACGAUGUUCUUACAAAUUUUGAGAGCAACAGAUGUGCCAUGUCGUUUAUGUGGGAAAUACCAGAAUAUAUUGAUGUUCAUAAUAUGAAUGAGACUUUACAGAAGAAGUACCCCCACUAUUCAUUGACUGUGUAUGGAGAAGGAAGAUAUGCAAAGGAUCUAAAGAAAAUGAAAUUGACAGGCAUUCCUGUCUUAUUCAUUCCUGGGAAUGCUGGAAGUCAUAAACAAGUUCGUUCACUCAGCUCCAUUGCACUGAGGAAGGCCAGCAAUUACAACUUCCAUUUUAACUACUUCAGCGUAGAUUUGAAUGAAGAACUCAAUGCGGUCUAUGGUGGCGUGCUGGAGGGGCAAACAGAGUAUGUUCAUGGCUGUGUGAAGCACAUCCUGGAACUAUACAGAAACAACAAGAACAACAAGAAUCCUCCCAAACAGAUAGUUAUCAUCGGUCACUCUAAGGGAGGAUUGAUAGCCAAGGCUCUCUUUGCCUUGCCUUACUUUGAUGCUAGCACCGUCAACACUCUCAUCACCAUGGGAACGCCUCACAUGAAUGCUGUCGUGAAACCUGACAUUUACAUGGAUCAGUUUGCUGCAAAUGUCAACCAGUUUUGGUCAGAAAAUUGGAACUCUGCUAUUUUGAGGGAUCUGACUGUACUCUCCAUCGGAGGUAGUUACCGUGACAACAUGGUGCGGUCUGGACUGGUUUCUAUGAAUGGGAUGGUGUCACCUGAUAGAGGUCUCAGUGUUGUGGUUGGUUCUAUACCUAGAGUUUGGCUCUCAACUGAUCACAGAUGUAUAGUGUGGUGUAAGGAGUUGGUGCUUGCAACAAACAGAGCCCUCUUUGACAUGGUUGACAAGCUAACAAAGCAGAUGUCGGUAAAUCCUGACUAUCGAAUGAAGGUCCUCAAUCAUCAUUUUGUCUCUCACGACGGCCAGUCUAGUUACACUCCUAAUAGUGAAGAUGUAGUCGGAUUUGCAGAUGAUAACUUCAAAGCGAUACCCUCAGGUUUCCACCACGUUGCUGGACGACACAUUGAGAAGGCUGUCCACUACACGUUCCCCAUCAACCCCGAUGACCCAAACCACGACCUCUUCACCGUCAUGGCAACCGUACCCUCCACCAGCCCCUGGCUCUAUGCCUGCAUAAGAUCCCAUGAGGAUCGGUGUAUAGAGGGCGUCGACAUCACCAGGAGGGCGCGGCUUAUGCCACCGCUCAAGUCCGACAUGAAAGUGGCCCACCUGGACCUGAAGAAUCUGGGGAUCGAUAACUUGAAGCAGAUUGUCGUCAAGAUCCCAAGAACAAACAAGGUCAAUGUAAUAGCAGAUUUGCAUGAAAGAGCAGGUAGAAUUUUCAAUGCAACUCUACCAGGUUUCUUUUCAUAUAAGCCAAAGACAGUGAUGAAGCAGCAUGAUUCACAUACUCUAUUCUUCAACAUCUCCUUGCCUGACCUAGACUCUGUAUGGAAGGCGUACACUGCUGUACUAGAGCCUGCCCAUUGCACGGAUCCUGUGAGAAAAGAUGGAAACACCACACUCCAUCUCCAUGUACCUUGGUUUCAAGAAAAUGAAUGGUCUGUUGCCAAGGCAACAGAAAACAAUGUGAUGUCUCUGAAACUGCAGAGUGGCCGACCAGCAGACGACUCUCGUCCUGUUCAGCUUCAUGCAUAUGUUUACUCUAGAUGCCACUAUAGGUUGAGGAUUUCCGUCUCACACGCUGAGAUACUCGGUCAGGUAAGGGAAUUUAAGUGAAAUUUUCUAUUGUGCGCUUGAUUGAUUUCAUCCUUAAAAAUAUGUAUUAUCAGCGGCUUGUUGCAAAAAGAGUUGCGAUCAAACACAACUGCUUAUGAUGAUGAUCCUUCUGUUAAUUUUGAAUGUUAGAAUAAUUUUGUAGUAGAUCAUUUUCUUUGGAAUGAUUUUUUUUAACACUUUAUCUCUGAUUCUUGCCCUCCCCCCCCCCCCCUCCU